AUGUCUGACCAACGAGAUCUUUCUGAGGAUGCCCGAGUCCUUGCAAAGAUCUACAGCACCCAGUUUUACCGAAGAGUGGAUGGACUUGCCAGGAAUGCCAGCGGUGUUGUCUACGACCCCAGCCGUGGCCCUGCUCCUCCAUCCCCAGAGCUCAAACCAUUCCAGCCUGCACCGCCACGACCUGAUACUCCCCGCCCAUCAGGCCCUCCGUCAAUCGACAUCCCUGGCAGAGCCAUUGUCAACGAGAACUUUCAAGAAAACGUCCGGCGGGUCCUGGGCGAUGCCUACGUAAACUCGUGGAGCAGCCUGGGAGACAUGACGAUGGGGUGCAUUGACUUUGUGCGAGGCAAGAAACAACGUGGCCGAUCGGAAAAGAUGUGGGGUGUUCGUGAGAUUCAGAUUUUCGCUAGAUUUUCGGUCUGGGGCGUUCACAAGGAUGUCAUUGAGGCGCUCAUUGAGUGGCCGAGGGAGUGGUUCACCCCUGAGGAGGCACCGAUCUACUAUGCGACUAUCGAGGAUGAGUUGCGGUAUAUUCCUGUGACGCCUCAACAGGCUCAGGCCGAUGCCCAGCAAGCCUCAAGCCUGGGACAGUGA